AUGUCAGCCACCAGUAAACUAUCAGCACCACCACCGUCUACGGUGGAGAAGAAUUUACCGACGAUCAUAGUCCGUUCAGUCUGGUCCGACAAUCUUGAGUCCGAAUUCUUUUUAAUCCGACAGAUCAUCGACCAGUACCCUUACGCAUCCAUGGACACAGAGUUCCCGGGGAUUGUCAUCCGGACCGCCUCCUCCUCCACAGUCCGCGAUGGCAGUUCUUUGGCCAACUACUUGAUGCUCAAAGCCAACGUCGACUUGCUAAAUCUCAUACAAGUUGGCCUCACUCUCUCUGACUCCGCCGGCAAUCUACCCGAUCUCGGCACAAGCCACCGGUUCGUCUGGGAAUUCAACUUCUCCGACUUCGACUUGUCACUUGAUUUUCACGCCUCCGAUUCCAUCCAAUUAUUGCGCCAGCAAGGCAUAGAUUUCGAGAAGAACAAGGAAUUCGGCAUAAGUUCAUCCAACUUCGCCAAGUUGAUGAUGUCAUCGGGACUCGUGUGCAAUGACUCAGUGAGUUGGGUCACGUUCCACAGCGCUUACGAUUUCGGGUACUUGAUCAAAAUCUUGACUGGAAAGCCCUUGCCAGCGGACUUGCUGGCGUUCUUGGAUUUAUUGAGGGCUUUUUUCGGUGAUAGGGUUUAUGAUGUGAAGUACCUGAUGAAGUUCUGUAACAGUUUGUACGGUGGGUUGGACCGGGUGGCGAGGAUGCUUAAUGUGGACCGGGCGGUCGGGAAGUGCCACCAGGCCGGUUCUGAUAGCUUGCUCACUUGGCAGGCGUUUCAGAAGAUUAGGGAGGUUUACUUCUGCUCCAGAGAUGGGAUGCUUGAGAAGUAUGCCGGUGUACUUUAUGGUUUAGAAUUUUCUGAAUUUUAA